AUGGCAUCACCAGACAAAUCCCCUUCCACAACAAUACCGCGGUUAUACCAACCACCUACGACAGCCCUCCUUGUCUAUCCUAUUACCUUAAUUAUAGGAUCGCUGUUUUCUGUUCUCUCUCCGACAGCACAGGGAACUCGAGAUCCUCCCUCCGACCAUCCGACUCCUCUAGCCCCUUCAAUCGCUGCGGAUGUAAACCUCCCCCAACACCCCGUCAAUUACUUCGCCCGCAAGGACAAUGUCUUUAAUGUAUAUUUUGUGAAGGUUGGCUGGCUUUGGGUUACUGCGGCUUUCGCUUCCCUUCUAUUCUCUCAACUCCCGUACACGACCACUUCCAGUCAACAACCGCGGCGGGUCGGCCAGGCGCUCGCUCGUUAUUCUCUGGCUACCCUAGUUUGGUACCUGACUACACAAUGGUUUUUUGGUCCGGCAAUAAUCGAUCGCAGUUUUGUUAUUUCGGGUGGGAAGUGUGAGCAGGUCGUCCCGCAGGCUGAAGAGGGUUCUGCCUCAUUUCACACCCUGUUGACGGCUACCGCGUGCAAGGCCGCCGGUGGAGCAUGGAGAGGCGGUCAUGAUGUAAGCGGACACGUGUUCAUGCUGGUCCUUGCGACUGCGAUGCUGGUAUUUGAGACAAUUGGAGCAUGGAGGGGCGCUCCGGACAUCGACCAGGGAAGCAAAAAGUCGGAGGACGCGGAUCGCGAAUUGAAUGGGCCGAGGAAGUGGUCUGUAUGGUUCGUGGGCGCAGUUACGGGCCUGGGUUGGUGGAUGUUGUUGAUGACUGCUAUCUGGUUCCAUACGUGGUUUGAGAAGGUAUUUCGCCCCUUUGACACGCUUGUUUAG